CUCGAGGCCAUUGUAAACGAACGCCUCCUUUUUAUGACGGUGAAAAAAGGCUUCAGCAUGCAGUUCUAUUAGAUGGCAACUGCCCAGCAGCAGCUAGAGCUUCUGCAGGGCCAAGUUAUCAAUAAUGCGGUAAGGCAAAGGAAGACAGUCCAGCUGAAUCCUAACACCAAGUUUGCCACCAUCUCAGACGUACAGAAGGCGCAGGUUGAGACUGGUGAAAAGGAGGAUGAUGCAGAUGAAACCAGCGGGUCUGAAUACAUCAGAGAAGAUGAAAGCUGUAAUUUUGGAGGCAUCUAGGCCUAGUCAAUAACGUACUCGCAUAGCGAGUCGGCCAACAUA